GAUAAUGUAAACAUUAGUCACGAGCUCACGCAGCGAUGCUCAGGUCACAAAAACGAAUAAGAAAGUACAAAUAAAUUUGAUUAAUUGUUAUCCACUGUUGAAAUCACUAAAUCCUUACCUUCGUUAAAAGAGGAGACAAUAAAAAUGAAGGAGAAUGUCACAGAGAUCUGCGAGAAGCUGGACAAUCUCCUGCUCCAUACCCUGGACCUGAUGGAGGAGAAGGUGGUGACGACAAUUCAACUGGAAAAUCAUCUCCGCGAUGGACACCUGGAGCUGGCGAAAGCGAGGUACAUACAGGGCAAGGAGACUGUGGGAAUGCUCCGAGUGCCCCAGGACACGCCGAUAACCUCCCUCUUCGAUCUGGAGACGUCCUAUCCAGAGCACAAUGAGGACGAGACCGAGUUGAACACCUCUUCCCUUCCUCGAUUCUCGAUUAACCUGAAAGAUAAGGAGGAGAUCAAUAAAAUUCAGGAUCCUCUGAAGUGGUUUGGCGUUCUUGUCCCUCAGAGCCUGAAAACUGCCCAGAAACGCUUCCAGGAAUCACUUUACCUAUCCGCCCGGAUCAGUGACAUUGGGGCUGAGCUUAAUGUCAUCUCCAAGGACUUUGAAGCCUCUAAAGAAGUCAAAAAUCAGCUGGUGAGGAAUAGUGAGGGAGAGAGUGAUAGGAUUGCGAAGCUGCAGGGGGAAAAUUAAAUAGUAAGAUAGAAUUUACAAAACAUAAAUUUAAUGAACUGCUGGAAAGGUUCUUAAAGAUUUUUUUAAUGAACCUAUUGGGAGACCUAUUCGAGGAACCUAUUCGAAGAUUAUUGUGAAUAUAUGUAGGUCGCCUCUGGAAUUCAUCGAUGAUCUUUAUACAGAUCAGAAUGAGGCGGGGAAUAAAAAUCCUAGGAUCAUA